GGAUCUUCAGAGGUACUGUACCUACCUCGCUGGUGAACUUUUCUUUGGUACUUUCGAGUUUGGGAAUCAAUCCGCCACAGGCCUGGUCCUCUGCGCAACUGGACACUCGAACCACGAACCAACAAUGAAUUGUUCUUGCCGAACGGCUGCUUUGAGGAUCUUUGUCCGAAGCAUUGCUGAAUCCCACAUUCCCGCCCAAGCUUACCGACCGUCCCAUGUCUUUCCGCCCCAAACGCAAAUUCGAACAGCGAAAACUGUCCACGGUACCUUCCACAGAAGCUUCGGAACCACUGCUGUUCCACGGAAAGAAGGCCGCCGCGAUAUAUCUUUCGACGAGUUUGGAGAGGGAGGUUCCACAGUAACUCCUCGUUCCCGGCAGACCAAGGCGAGGAAGCAGGAUGCGCCGAUAGACGACAGUUACGAGGUGGCCGAUCCGAGGCGCAAGGAAACCUGGCAGGUCCAGAAGGCGGUCCUCAAGGCCAAGUUUCCCGAGGGAUGGAAUCCCCGGAAGCGACUCUCUCCCGACGCCUUGGAGGGCAUCAGAGCUCUGCAUCAACAGUUCCCCGAGGAAUACUCUACCGAGAUCCUGGCUCAGAAGUUCGAGGUCUCUCCUGAGGCGAUCCGCCGCAUCCUCAGGAGCAAGUGGAGCCCGUCGCCAGAGGAAGAAGUUGACCGCCAGGAGAGAUGGUUCAGCAGAGGCAAAAAGGUCUGGGAGCGCUGGGCCGCGCUGGGCAAGAAACCACCGCAGAGAUGGCGCCGGGAAGGAAUUACCAGGGACCCUUCAUGGAACGAGAAGAGUGACGCCGGUCAAGGGAGGCGAAGUCGUGCAAGUGCCCAGAAAAAGCUUUCACAGACUUUGCUGUGAUACCACUACGGACGGAACGUUCAAUGAAACGUAAGAAGGGAGGGCAUUGCGCCGUUUGAGCCUGGAGCAGGCUCGCGAUAGACCAGAGACAGGAAGCGAGAGCGAGAAUUUAAUCAAGGUUACCAAGCAGAAUCCCUGGUGAAGAGACGGUAACUCGAGAGGCCAUCGCCAUGUCCAUCAUCAAGGACUUCUCAGCUCCUAUCCUAUCCCAUACUGUACAAUAUUAUACUAUACCCGGCGUUUUUUCU